AUAUCUGCUCGAACAAGACUUCCCAGGCAUGCGGAUUGGCCCAGAGCCUACCACGGAUUCUUUUAUUGCUGUGAUGUAUGGAGAUUCAGAAGGAAGUAUUCCUGGAAAUGCCCUAGUUGUUGAUCCUAAGAAGCCAUUCCGCAAACUCAGCCGCUUUGGAAAUGCUUUCCUGAACAGGUUCAUGUGUUCUCAGUUACCUAACCAGGUACUGAAGAGCAUCAGUAUCAUCGACAGCCCUGGCAUUCUGUCUGGAGAGAAGCAGCGCAUCAGCAGAGGCUACGACUUCUGCCAAGUCCUCCAGUGGUUUGCUGAGAGGGUUGACCGCAUCAUCCUCCUUUUUGAUGCCCAUAAGCUGGAUAUAUCGGAUGAGUUUUCCGAGGCUAUUAAGUCAUUCCGGGGCCAGGAUGACAAGAUUCGAGUGGUGCUUAAUAAGGCCGACCAAGUGGACACCCAGCAGCUGAUGAGGGUUUAUGGUGCGCUCAUGUGGUCCCUGGGAAAGGUGAUCAACACUCCAGAGGUGCUGCGGGUCUACAUUGGCUCCUUCUGGGCCCAUCCUCUCCGAAACACAGAGAAUAGAAGACUAUUUGAAGCUGAGGCACAGGAUCUUUUCCAGGAUAUCCAGAGCCUCCCGCAGAAGGCUGCUGUGCGGAAACUCAAUGAUCUCAUUAAGAGGGCAAGACUUGCAAAGGUUCACGCUUAUAUCAUCAGCUAUCUGAAAAAAGAAAUGCCAUCUGUAUUUGGAAAAGAGAACAAGAAAAAGGAACUGAUCGGCAGAUUACCAGAGAUCUACAUCCAGCUGCAAAGAGAAUACCAUAUCUCAGCAGGGGACUUCCCUGAAGUCAAGAAAAUGCAGGAGCAGUUGGAGACUUGUGACUUCACUAAAUUUCACUCUUUGAAACCAAAGCUGAUUGAAGCUGUGGAUAACAUGCUGGCCAACAAAAUUGCCUCCCUGAUGAGCCUGAUCAGACAGGAAGAGACCAAUAUGCCCACAGAGAUGGUCCAUGGGGGAGCAUUUGAUGGCACCAUGGCAGGACCUUUUGGCCACGGAUAUGGAGAAGGUGCUAAGGAAGGAGCUGAUGAAGACGAGUGGGUUGUUGCCAAAGAUAAACCUGCUUACGAUGAGAUUUUCUACACUCUGUCACCAAUCAAUGGCAAAAUAUCUGGGAUCAGUGCAAAGAAGGAGAUGGUGACUUCUAAACUACCCAACAGUGUCUUGGGGAAGAUCUGGAAACUUGCAGACUGUGAUGGCGAUGGGAUGUUGGAUGAUGAGGAGUUUGCGUUGGCGAAACAUCUUAUCAAGAUUAAACUGGAUGGAUAUGAACUGCCUGGCACACUACCUUCCCACCUGGUGCCACCAUCUCACAGGAAACCUUUGCAGACAGCAGAGUGAAAAAUACAAGAAAAAUGAGGAUUUGGGAAAUCGUUCAACAGAUGUGUUGAGAACACCAACAUUUGUAAUUAGUCUUAGAUCCUUAAACUUCACAGCACAUUUCACGCAAGCUACUGAAAUUAGAAGCAUAGUAGCAGGGAAACAUUCCUGUAGGUGUCCCUGCUGACCUUCACUGAGACAUGCUUGUCACAAGUGCCUUGUAUAGAUCUAUCAUGAUGCGUGAUGGUAAGGUGAGAAUGGUUUUUGUAGUCCUGCUUCCAUGUCUUGCUGCCUUUACAACCAU